AUGCAUGAGGUUCGUCCCGAGUGUCCGGAAAACGGCCUGGAACUUGGCAGUAGCUGGGUAGUGGAGGGGGCUGAACCUAGAAGACCUGGAGUCAAUAAUCCUAUUAAUGUCAAGGAUAUUGAAGCUGCAAUCAAAAGUUUUCCGAAAAACAAAAACGCAGGCAGCAGAGCAGGUGCUGACUUUGACACUUCAUCCGCCUUGAGAAUCAUCCUGGUGGGCAAAUCGGGCAGUGGGAAAAGUGCCACCGGGAACAGCAUCCUCUGCUGGUCAGCGUUCGAGUUCCACUUUGGGGUUCAGUGCAUGACCAGCCUGUGUCAGGAGGCCAGGGUCAUUUGGGAAGGGAAGAGCAUUCUGGUGGUGGACACCCUCCCCCAUCUUCUAUACCACGCCCCCACUCAAGACCUGUACAAGAACAUCUGGGAAUGCUACCUGUUGGCCACCCCCCGGGGACCCCACCUGCUGCUGCUGGUCACUCAGCUGGGCCGCUUCACUGCGCACGAUGCCGAGGCUGUCAGGAGGGUGAAGGAGGUCUUUGGGCCAGGGGCCAUGAGACACGUGAUCGUCCUCUUUACCCACAAGGUGGACCUGCAGGGCGAGCCCCUGGCCAAGUACCUGGGCAGCGUGAAGGACACGGGGGUGCACGGGCUCCUGCGGGAGUGCGGGAGGAAGUUCUGCGGCUUCAACAACCGGGCCACGGGUGCAGAGCAGCGCCGGCAGCUGGCCGAGUUCAUGGGCCAGGUGGAGAGUCUGGAGAGGAAGCUGGACACGGAGAGCCCCAAACUGUUCAACAGGUUCUUGACGAGGAAGUGUGACAUUCUCGUAGUGUCCCACACCACUGUGCAGGAGGAAGUCCUGCGCAGUUCAGGUGUAAGGUUCUUUGUCAUGUUGAGGUCUGGACCUAGGUACACAUAA